CUUCCCCUCCUCACCUCACCACCAUCUCCAGCUCCAUCCGCACCAACAUCUCCACCAACCGACACGGCGAGGAGAUGAACGCGUCGCAGUUCAUGGACAAGCAGAUCCUCGGCCUCGCCGCCUCCGCCUCCCCGUCCGGCGGCGGCGCGGGGGGCGGUGGGGGUGUGGAUCUCAGCGAUCUGAUGAUCCCGAUCCCCCAGGAGGACGGCGAGGACCGUCUCCGUCGCCGGCGUAGCAGUAGCAGCGUCAACGGCACAUCAGACGACAUGCUACCCAGCUACGAUUUCCAGCCGAUCCGCACCGGCGGCGCCACCGCCGCCGCCCCCGUGUCUCAGGCCUCGUGGGGAUCGCUCGACUCCAAGGCACCCUCCGCCUCUGCCUCUGCCUCCGCCGCCGCCUCAUACAACCUCAAGAGUGCUGGUAUAUUGGAGCCACAUGUGCUGAAGAAAGUUAGUCAUGAGGAAGACAGGAGUAACUUCCCUACAGUUACUAUCGCAGAUAUUGAUCGAACCAUGAAGAAGUACUCUGAUAACCUUUUGCAUGCACUGGAAGGUGUAAGCUCAAGGCUUUCACAGAUGGAGGGCAGAACACACCAACUAGAAAACUCUGUUGAUGAGUUGAAGUUAACAAUUGGUAACUAUAAUGGUAGCACUGAUGGAAAACUCAGGCACCUUGAGAACAUGCUCAGAGAGGUCCAAGCAGGUGUGCAGAUUUUACGAGACAAGCAGGAAAUUGUCGAGGCGCAACUCCACCUUGCAAAGCUCCAGACAACCAAAACUGAUGCCCACUCAUCAGAAAAUAGUGGGUCUGGACAUGCUGGCUCUCAGCCGGUGCCUCCUCCACAAGCAGCCAUUCAGCCACAGCAAGUCUUAACCCCUUUGCAACCACCUGCACUUCCUGCCCUUCCUGCUCCAAAUGCACCACUUCCAACGCUUCAAAGCCAACCACCAUCACAGUUUCCAAGUCAUUUACAACAUUCACAGGUACCAUCUGUGCCUUCUGUUGCACCGGUUCCCUCAGUUCCGGCUUUACCAAGGGAUGCUUACUAUGCUCCAUCUUCUCAGCCGACCGAAACCAUGCACCAGCAGUAUCAAGCUCCGCCAGUUCCACAGCCUCAGGCCCCUCCUGCACCUCAGCAAUACCAAUCCCCAUCCCAGUUCCCUCAAUAUUCACAGCCAUCUCAGCCUUCAAACGUUAACCCUCCAACUCCACAUGUGCCUCCUGCACCCCAGCAACCAGAGGAAACUAUGCCUUACCCACCGCCUCAGAGCUAUGCACCUAAUGCACGUCCUCCUUCACCUUAUAUGCAACCGCCUAGUGGACCUGCUCCUCCUUACUAUGGACAACAAAACCCUACCAUGUAUGAACCUCCCGCAGGCCGGGCUAACCCUGGGCCGCCAUCAUCAUACGGUUCUGGUGGCUAUGGACCACAGGGUGGGAGUGGUUUCUCUGACUCAUAUGGUUACGCUGGAUCUCCUUCCCACCGCGGCAAUGCUGGAAUGAAGCCGUCUACACCUUUUGCUCAAUCCUCUGGGGGAAGUGGCGGCUAUGGCAGUGGCAGGCUCCCCACGGCUCAGAUACUACCACAAGCAGUGCCGGUAAGCUCCUCCAGCACCAGCGGUGCUUCAGGCAAUAGAGUGCCACUUGACGAUGUAGUUGAGAAGGUUGCCACGAUGGGAUUCUCGAGAGAGCAGGUGAGAGCAACCGUGCGGAGGCUGACGGAAAAUGGGCAGAAUGUGGACCUGAACGUGGUUCUCGACAAGCUGAUGAACGGCAGAUAAGUUGAGCAGUAGUGCCAUUUCAACAGUAUGUGUAUAGUAUGGAGACUUGGGAAGUGUCAGCUGAACCGAUUUUCUGUCUGCAACUUUGUAAACCUGGAGAACUCUGAUGACCGAACAGCCGCUCAUCCUGAUUGCCGGUCAUGGUUGCUCCACCUGAAAUGGAAACAGCCCAGUGUGCCUGUCAGUGAACUAUAGUAUUAUUGCAAUCUGAAUACGUUAUUCAUUUGAUGUAUAUGUGGUGCUGAUGAUAUUUUAAAACAUAUACCGUGGUUUCUUGUGAUAUGUUAAUAAGAAGCCUUUACUGUGUUUUUU